UCCUGAGGUCCACAGAGCCAGGUGGAGUGUGCUGGGUCCACAGAACCAGGUGGAGUGUGCUGGGUCCUGAGGUCCACAGUGGUGAAGGAGGAUGAGGCUGUGUAACCGAGGGAUGAUGAUGCUGAUGACCACGGCGGGGGCUUUCUGCGCCUUCAGCCUCAUGACCAUCGCCGUGGGCACGGACUACUGGCUGUACUCGCGAGGCAUGUGUCGCUCCAAGAACCUGGGGGACAACGAGACGGUCAGGAAGAACGAGGAGGUGCUGACCCACUCCGGGUUGUGGAGGACCUGCUGCACGGAAGUUUUCUUCCCUGCAGGAACAUUCCGAGGCGUUUGCAAGGACAUUGAUCAUUUUGCAGAGGAUGCAGAUUACGAGCAGGACGCUGCAGAAUAUUUGCUACGCGCCGUGCGAGCAUCCAGCCUCUUCCCCAUCCUCAGCGUGGGCCUGCUGUUCCUGGGGGGCGUGUGCGUGGCGGCCAGCGAGUUCUACAAGUCGCGCCACAACGUCAUCCUCACGGCGGGCAUCCUCUUCGUCUCAGCAGGUCUCAGCAACAUCAUCGGCAUCAUCGUGUACAUAUCGGCCAACUCGGGCGACCCCAGCCAGAGCGACAACAAGAAGAGCUACUCCUACGGCUGGUCCUUCUACUUCGGGGCGCUUUCCUUCGUGCUGGCGGAGAUGGUCGGCGUGCUGGCGGUGCACGUGUUCAUCGAGAAGCACCGGCAGCUGCGCACCAAAGGCCGGCCCUCCCUCAUCAAGCCGGCGCUUCCCCGCAGCAAGCGCUACUACCACAACCGGCCCCGCGGGUACAGCAACCGGAGCAACCACAGCAUGGCCGAGUCCGCCUCCAACUCCCUCCGGGGGUCCCUGGUGCGGGAGAACUCGCUCUCCAAGGUGGUGGCCCCGCCCAGUUUGCCCACGCCGUUGACGGUGAGCUCGGACUUUGUGUUUUACGCGCUGGCCUCGCCUCUGAAGGACGGUAAGGUUGACAUGUUGGACGGUUUAGCCGCUGACGACACCGACAUGCUGUCCGGGAACUGCAGAAGAACCACUCCGGUCUGAGAACUGAAAGAAGUCCAAAGACUCCACGGUGACCUCAAUACAACUUGUAGACCAAAAGAUAAAAACAUUUUGACAUCCAGUAGAGUUUUUUUCCAAAAUGAGAGAUAUGGUGAGAAGUAGGGAUGAUGUUUGAUAAGAAAUGAUCCAGUUCGAGCCCAUUAUCGAAUCCUCUUAUCGAACCGAUUCCUUAUCGAUUCUCUUAUCGAACCCAGAUAGGUUGUUGUAUAUGGAAAAAAAACAAUAUUUGGUUUAACAAAAGCUCACUUUUAUUUUAUAAGAAAAAACUAAAAUAAAAUAAAUAAAUAUUGACUGUUACCCCCCUAAAAAAAUAAAAUAAUUAAAUAUUGACUGUUGUUACCCAAAGUAUAUUAAAGUGGGAUUUUUCAGAAAAACAAAUAUAUACAGUAACACAAAAACAACCUGUAUCUGUGAUCACUAAAGGUGUAUAAAUAAUAAUAUAGUGUUAAAUAAAAUCAGUCCCUUGGGCACAAAACUAAAAAAUAAUACAACUCUCCAAAAAGUGCACUUCUGCUGCUAUUGGAACAUACUAACUACACACACAGGCAGACAGCUAACAAACAAUCCAAGACGUCUAAUAAAGUUCCAAUACAGAUUAAUCCAUUUAGGCUCUUUAUUGUUGUUGAUCUUGCUUUAUCUUUUCCUAUCUUUACUUUUGUCUUGCACUGGACUGUUAUUUAUUUAUUUUUUCAACUGAAAUACACACAAUGACAAAUGUAUAAGCUAUGUGAUUCAAUUAACAUACGGAAAUGUAACACACAAUAUGUAAAUAUUAGCUUCACACAAAUAUACAGUACUAUCAUCAAACAAAUACUUCUGAGUGUAGAAACUAUUUCGAUGGUGGAAAUACACGACUGGCAGCCAUUUUAAGUCCUCAAAACAUCCAUUGAAACAGAGCACAAAAAUCGUUUUUCAAUAAAAAUCUUAGUAUCAAACUUAAACACUUUCCACCUUAAUAUUGAGUUACAUAAACAAGUUGAACAGUUUACUUACAGACUUAUCUUUUCCAAGGCUUGUAAGAGCUAACACAACUUGUCUAUUUCUCAAUUGUCUCAUGAACUGAACAGAUGUCGUCAACCCGGAAGUGCCCAAACUAUUGACGCGUAGUAUUUUCAUAUCGCCACAAGGUGUCAGUAAGAGUCUACAAUCAAAUGGGCAUAACAUUGCCCAUUUGGGAUUCGUUCCCAGGGAUUCGAAUAAAGAACCAACUCUUUUUCUUUACCGAUAACGGGAACCGGUUCUCAAAAAGGGAUUUGAGCUCAUGGAAUCGGUUCUUUUCUUAUCGAACAACCGGGAGAAUCAGUUUCAAACAUCAUCCCUAAUGAGAAGCAGAGUAAAGCCGCUGGUCCUCCAUGGAGGAGUUGGUUCAGGCUUCUGGUCAGGAUGCCCCUCCAACGCCUCCCUGGGGAGGUGUUUCGGGAACUCCGACCGGUAAGAGGCCACGGGGAAGACCCAGGACAUGUUGGGGGGCGGGGGGACUAUAUUUCCCAGCUGUCCUGGGAACGCCUCGGCAGGAGCUGGACAGAGUAUCUGACGAGAGGGAAGUCUGACCUUCUCUGCUUAGGCUGCUGCCCCCGCAACCCGUCUUGGCAUAAGUGCAAGAAGAUGGAUGGUUGGAUAGUUUUUUCCUCAAAUCAAAACAAACAUUUCAUCAAUGCAUGGGCGACCAGCCUGAAUAAAUGAAUGCCUCACCUUCAAUUAGAAAAUACAUUCUCACCCAAUUGUAUUUCACACCACUAAAUAAAUAAACGAUCACAACAAACUACUAACCAAGAUUUUACAACAAUUCUACAUUUUAAUAACCUGACUCUGACCAGAUCCUUGUAGUUGGCUGAGCUCCACACAAGGAUGCGGGACUUCUCAAUAGGAGAUGUAUUUCAGAAGGCAGUAAGUAGUGCAUGCCUGGUGCUCUCUGCAGAUGAGUAAGUACAGCAUGUGGUCAAUCACAAUAUAUACAAGUUAUGUUAUGCUCUGUCAUUGUAAAAAUCAACAAAAGUAUUUCAUACUUUGACAGUUUUGUAGGUUGACUCCUUACAGAAAUAUGGACAAUAAUGUACAUAACGUUUCAUUGCAACUGAGAAAUAUAUAUUUAUAGUUUUUAUAGCAUAUAAGAAAACAUCUUUAUUAUAAUGAUUACUUUAUGUGCACAAAUCUUAAUUUUAUAAAUAUUUGUAUUCUGAAUGUUUAAAGAAAGACAGUUUUG